AUGUGUUCAAAGACAGCACGUCGCAGGUGCGGCACGCCCAAGCAGACGUGGUCGCUGGUGUUCCGCGCCUCCACGCACGGCUUCAGCGCGCACGCCUUCCACGCGCGAUGCGACGGCGUCGCGCCCGUGCUGCUACUCGUGCAGCUACCGCGCGGCGAGAUCAUAGGCGGCUUCAGCACGUCUGGCUGGGCGGCGCCGGGGGCGGGGGCGGCCGGCGCGGGGGCGGGCGGCUACGUGCCGGCCGAGCGCGCGCUGCUGUUCACGCACGACCCGCCCGCCAAGUACCCGCUCGUGAAGAACUCGUUCGCGCUCUGCUACCACCCUGAAUGCGGCCCCAUCUUCGGCGCGGGCGCGGACCUGCUGGUGGCGGGCAACUGCCACGCCAACAGCGACAGCUACAGCAACCUGCACUCGUACGGCGACCCGCUCGCGCCCGCCAGCCUCGUGCCCGACUACAACUUCACCGUGCGCGACUACGAGAUAUUCACCUUCGCC